CAUAGACAGUGUAUACACAGUACACUAUAGUAGGUCUCCUAGUCUUGGUAUUCGUAGUUGAAAAACGCGUACUUCAAAUUUUCCUCUUUCUCUAACCCCCUUAUAUUUGAACCUUUCUUCCUUUAUCAUUCAACCCACUUACUAAAAAAAAAAACUUCAUUUCCUCUCCGAGUCAACAAAAAAAAAAAAAAACUAAAUGAACUCGGAAACUGAAACACCAUCCUCAACGACGUCGUUUUGGUGCUACAGCUGCACACGUUUCAUUCACAUCUUGAACCAAAACAACGUUGUUUGUCCUCACUGCCAAAACGGCUUCGUUGAAGAGAUUCACGCCGGUCAAUCACCGGCGGUUUCUCUUUUCGCCGACGGAAUUCAGUCCUCCAGAAGACAAACCUCCCGCCGCAGACGUCGUAACGCCGGCGGCAGCCGUUCGCCUUUUAAUCCGGUGAUCGUUCUCCGUGGACCUAGAGAAGACACCACCGCCGGUGUCGGUGCAGACGCCGGCGGGGGUGAUAGCGAGGGGAAUACAAGUAGUUUUGAAUUAUACUAUGAAGACAGUAAUGGCACCGAUCUACGUCCACUUCCACCAAGCAUGUCGGAGCUAUUACUCGGUUCCGGCUUCGAUCGGUUGUUAGAGCAAUUCUCUCAAAUUGAAAUCAACGGUUUCGGAAGGUCGGAGAAUCCACCGGCGUCAAAGGCGGCGAUAGAGUCAAUACCAACAGUUGAAAUCACCGAUUCAGAAAUGGAAUCCGAAAUUCACUGUGCAGUUUGCAAAGAACAAUUCGAGCUAGGUUCUGAAGCGCGUAAGAUGCCGUGUAAUCAUCUUUACCAUUCCGAUUGCAUUCUCCCAUGGCUUUCAAUGCGAAAUUCGUGCCCGGUGUGUCGGCACGAGUUACCGUCCGAUCAAAACGCGUCGGAGAGUAGAAUUUCCGGUCAGAUUGAUGAAGAAGCGGUUGGAUUGACAAUAUGGAGGUUACCGGGAGGUGGAUUUGCUGUUGGAAGAUUUGCCGGUGGGCGGAGAGCCGGUGAGAUUCAGUUACCGAUUGUUUACACGGAGAUGGAUGGUAACAAUUCAAACGAAGAUUCUAGAAGAAUUUCUUUGACUGUGGGAAGUAAUAGAGUUAGAGAGAGACGUGGAAUUAGGAGAAUUUUUCGAAAUUUUUUGUCGUUUUUUGGGAAUGUUAAUUUAAAUCGUAGCUUUUCUGGUUCGUUGUUUCGUAGAAGCUCAAGAAGAAGAAGCAGAACUUGGGUUACAGAAGAAUAAUGAUUUGGUUUUGUUUGGAUUAAAACUUGAAAGCAAGUUAUUCAUUUAAAUUUUAAAUUCUUAAUGUAAAUAGCAUAAAAUUGUGCUAUAAUUAAGUUUAGUAGAUGAUUAUUGAAGGGUGCAAGAUAAGGAUUGUUGUUCUUGCUGAUCAACAAACAUAUAUAGUUGGGAAAGAAGCUAUAAGUGAUGCUUAUUUAGUUUUUAUUGUUGUUAAUUAAAUUUAGUUGAUUCUUUUAAUGUUUUUGUAGUAUUAUGUCAUACACACAUUCUUUGUAAGAAUCCCUCUAAGAUUUGUUAAUGUUGUAUCCAAUCUGAUGACCAUGUUAUACCCAAUACACACAUUCUUUACAAGAAUUA